AAGGGCAGGGCACUCCUGCAGCAGGCGAUCGAGAGAGCUUUCUAUUCCCUCUCCUGUUGAAAGCAAAGCAGGACGACCCACGCACAGAGGCAGCUCCUGUGGGCACCGCGCAAACGAGCCAACCAACAAACAGAGAAAACCAAACAAGACCCAAAAGCGAUCGCAGCCCCGGCUCCCUCAACUCAAAGCGCGAGGAGGCCGGCCGGCAGCUCCGCGCGCCCGCUGCUCCCUUGCCGCUCGCUGCUUGCUUCCCUUCCUUCUUGGACACUUGCGAGAUUUGUAGCCGGAUACGUGGUUUGGGGAAUGCUGUGGGGAGGAAUGUGGACCAGUUGUUUAUUGUGAUGGCGCGUUGGACACAAGAUCCUGCGUGAUUCUUGGUUUAUCAAAUCAAACGGUACCGGCCGGUGUGUGUGAGAGAGAGGAAAUAGGUGGGGAGUUAUACAAACAAAUCUUGAUCAGAUCAAGGACAGGAGAUUAACAAAUAGCAGGAGGAGGUGGGUUUGUGUCAGCUUUGUGCUUUGUGGCCGGGUGUCCCUCCUGGUUCAUUGCCCCCCCUUCCCCACAAGUACUCCUUAUAGUUUACUCCUCCUGAAGCCGCUUGUGCUCCUCCCCGUCUCUCGCUCGCCUCACUGCCUACGCUAGCAGCAACAACUGCCCGCAUAAGUAGGGGCUCCGGUGGAGUGUGCUCGAAGAACCCAUCCUAUUGUUUGGUUUUCUUUCUUCCCGUUGUACGAAGUAUCUCCGCGCCGGGCAGGGCACGUUGCAAUAUUCCAUCUCGCCGCCGCAGCCACCGGCCUAGGGGUGUCAAGUUGCUUCUGCGCCCUGUACUUGUGUCCUCUGGAGCCGUUGUUGCUGUUCGUGCCGUGGACAAAUAUGGGCUAGCACCGUUGUUUCUUCUUGUAGUACUGGUCUGGAGGACUGAGAAGCUGUGCAUUUGAUCGUGCUCUCUUGUUUGUUUCAAGAUGAAGUUCAUGAAGCUUGGCUCGAAUCCGGAUACCUUUCAGGAUGAUGGGAGUGAAGUCAGUAUUGUGGAAAGUGAACUGGUGAGCGAUAUCACUGUUCGGAUAGGGAGCACAAAGUUUUACCUUCACAAGUUUCCACUUCUAUCCAAGUGUGCUCGCUUUCAGAAGUUGAUCCCAACUACCGGUGAUGAAAAUAUUGAGGUCCCUAUCCAUGACAUUCCUGGUGGCCCGAAGGCUUUUGAGAUAUGUGCCAAGUUCUGUUAUGGCAUUGUUGUCACACUGAAUGCCUACAAUGUCAUUGCUUCCCGCUGUGCUGCGGAGUACUUGGAGAUGAAUGAAAAUGUCGACAAGGGUAACCUCAUCUACAAGAUCGAGGUCUUCCUCAGCUCAAGCAUAUUCAGGAGUUGGAAAGACUCUAUUAUUGUUCUUGGGACAACAAAGGCUCAUUUACCAUGGUCAGAGGAUCUUAAGCUGGUAAGCCACUGCAUUGACUCCAUUGCAUCAAAAGCUUCUGCUGACACUUCCAAGGUUGAAUGGUCAUAUACGUACAAUCGCAAGAAGCUCCCAACAGAGAAUGAUCUUGAUUUGCAAUGGAAUGGUGUCAAGAAGCAGCAGUCUGUGCCAAAGGAUUGGUGGGUCGAGGAUCUCACAGAUCUUGACAUUGAUUCCUACAAGCAAAUCAUAACAGCAAUCAAAACCAAGGGUAUGGUACCGAAAGAUGUUAUUGGUGAGGCUAUUAAAGCCUACACAUACAAGAAGCUGCCCUCAUUAAGCAAGGUUUCAAUGAUCCAUGGUGAUGCAAAGGUUCGAGCAAUGCUAGUUACCAUCACAUGCUUGUUACCAUCAGAGAAAGGUUCAGUCUCAUGCAGCUUCCUGCUAAAGCUACUGAGGGCAGCAAAUUUGCUUAAAUGUGGAGAGAUGUGCAGGAAAGAGCUGGUGAAGCGUAUUGGGCGGCAACUGGAUGAAGCUACUGUGUCAGAUCUUCUGAUUCCUACAGUGGACGGGGAGACCACUGUUUAUGACAUUGACAUGAUUCUUAGUAUUGUUGAAGAGUAUGUCAGGCAAGAUAGCAAAAAUGCUCAGAAACAUAAUGCUGCUGAAGUCAGUGGUCAUAUCCAAGCACCUAGUGCAUCUAUGAAUACAGUAACAAAAGUUAUUGAUGGGUAUCUCACCGAGGUUGCAAAGGACCCAAAUACACCUGUCUUGAAGUUCAUUAAUCUUGCUGAAGCAGUUUCAGGCAACUCAAGGCUGAUUCAUGAUGGGUUAUAUCGCGCAAUCGACAUGUAUCUGAAGGAGCACCCAAACGUAAGCAAGAGUGACAAAAAGAAGCUUUGCAGCCUCAUGGACUGCAAGAAGUUGUCGCCCGACGCAUGUGCUCAUGCCGUGCAGAACGAGCGCCUUCCCCUGAGGACUGUGGUUCAGGUGCUAUACCAUGAGCAGACGAGGGCUUCUGCAGCAGCCACAAUCCGAGCUGAGAGCAUCUGCAUCGGCUCCUACGAAAGCUCAAGGUCAGGCGCCACAACAAACACUGAAGAUGAGUGGGAUGGAGUCAUGGCAGUGGAAGAUCUCAGCCUGUCGAAGACAACAAAGGUACACACCGCCGGUACUAAUGCAGAAAAGAGCCAUGGUAGCAACAGGAGCACCAGCAGCAAGGUGAAAGGUGCCGCGACACCAAAGAAAGCUCUAGGGAAGAUGUUGUCGAGCAAGGGUUUGACUGGGGAGCGAAGCAGCUCGGACUCAUCCGAUAGCGCCAUCUUGCAGCGCCAGGAGCAUCCAAAGAGGACUCCCUCCCGGAGCACAAAGCCAGCUGCCGCAUAGUCCCCUGCAUUUCACCAAAGAGAAGUGAUCCUAGAUUUUAGAUGCUGUUGGUCUCUUCUUCUUCCUUACGAAUGUUGCAUAGAAGCAAGUAAUGUUUUACAAGCCUGUAGGGGAUGUCACAAUGUGAGGUCUGCUUAUAGGGCAUCUUAUUAGCAUGUAGGCUUGCCAUGAAACCUAUGAGACUCUGGGUGCUACUGUAAGGUUUUAUGUCAUUCGCUCCUAGUGGUUUAUAAGAAGUGUUAGAACCAUAAGUGCUUUUGCCAUUGUGAGCCUGUGACGACCUGAUUUCAGAUCACUACCAAGUUAAACUCAGUUUACCUUUCA